UGAACGUAAUCUCAUUUAUGGGGGUGCAAAAAAAUAUAUAAGUGUGCGUUGCCAUCAAGGGCCCGCUGCAGUUGAGAGGCUAAAGCAAUUCCAAGGACACAGUCACAGAGAUCUGGAUCUCAGUCCCAAAAUACCGACUGAAGUGGGGACAACCACUGGCACGCUCCAGCCAAAGCCUUGAGGAGACCCGGGAGGGGGCAGCGAGGAGCAGAGUGUCGUCCUGCGGGGGCCCAGCAUGUGUACUGGGAGCUGCGCCAAGUGCCUGGGGGGCACCCUCAUCCCCCUGGCUGUGUUUGGCUUCCUGGCUAACGUCCUGCUGUUCUUCCCUGGAGGAAAAGUGAUCGAUGACAACAGCAACCUGUCUGAAGAGGUCUGGUACUUCGGAGGAAUAUUAGGAAGUGGGGUCUUGAUGAUCUUCCCCGCGCUGGUGUUCUUGGGCCUGAAGAACAAUGACUGCUGCGGGUGCUGUGGUAACGAGAGCUGCGGGAAGCGAUUCGCGAUGUUCACUUCCAUUAUAUUUGCUGCGAUUGGAUUCGUGGGUGCUGGAUACUCCUUUGUCAUCUCAGCCGUCUCCAUCAACAAGGGUCCGAAAUGUCUCUUGGGCAAUGGCACGUGGGGCUACCCCUUCAACAGCGGGGAUUACCUCAAUGACCAGGCCUUGUGGAACAAGUGCGAAGGGCCCACCGAUGUGGUUCCCUGGAAUUUGACCCUCUUCUCCAUCCUGCUGGUCAUAGGAGGGAUCCAGAUGGUUCUGUGUGCCAUCCAGGCGAUCAAUGGCCUCAUGGGCACAUUCUGUGGAGACUGCCAGUGCUGUGGCUGCUGCGGGGGCGAAGGAGCAGUUUAAACCUCUACAGUGAGCAGCUCUAGUUCUUCACCGUGUGGGAAGACGCAUUAGACCCAGUUCCCCGCUCAGAUUGUCAAUUCCCAUCUGGUCCCCACUGGGAAAACUCAGGGAGGGCAAAGCUCUCCUUUCUCCUCACAGCCAGCUUUGCCCAAGUUAGAAUUUUAAUAUUUUCAAAUAAAAAGUAGAUUACAUGUUUGAUUUAUAAGUUUCUCAAAUUAGCUCCUAUCUAGAAUUUAAGAACAGGUUCAAAGUCGAUUUUCCACAAUUUUUUUUCCUUAAAAGUGUCAAAUGUGUGGAGUUACACAUCCAGCCAUACUGCUUCUUUGUAUAUAAAGAUGUUUAUAUCGUUGGAAGCUUUUCUUAAGUCAAAGGAGGAAAAUGUAUUGAAAAUGAGAAACUCAUUUUUUCAGAUUUGCAGGAAAAGAACAACUAAUGUACCAUAAAUGAUUUUUAUGUGAUGCCUUUUUUGCUAAUUUAAGUUACCACUUCCAAGCAGCCUUUUGCUAGUAUUCCCUCACAUUUAUUAAAUGUCUUGAACUCAGAGGUAGUGUACUAAAGGUUGUGUGUCCCUGAGGGAGACUGAAGAGUGAAAGAUUGAAGGGAUAAUGCUUUGCAGUCUUUUUCCAAGUGCUUUCUGUGAUCAAACAAAAAAUGGUUCUAAAAAGUUGAUUUGGAUAAUAUUUUUGCAGCCUAUUUUCCAGGAUUAAGAUAAUAAGUAAUAUUAAUUCUAUGUUUUAUGUGUAAGAAAUUAAAAUGAAGUCAAACCCAUUGGAUUGAUUUGGGUUCAAACUGAACUCCAGCUUAAGGGUCCUGGGAAAGUAAUUUUCCAAGUCUUAGAUCCCUCGUCUGUAAAGAACUGUUACAAGACAAUCAUGCGGGAAAUUCUGAAGUUACUCAAGAAUGAAACAGACUUCUGGCAUUGUGAACUUGACCCAAUGAGCAAUGAGGAGGGUCUUGGAGGGAAUUUUGUGUCAAGCUGGUAGGCUGCACGCUAAAAGCUGAGUUACGCAUAGUCAUCAAUAAAGCAUUAAUGAUCA